AUGCCGCUCCAUUUCAAAUGGGCCUCGUACGAAUCUCUCGUGGCAGUGAUGAUCGUCAAGAAAUCCAAACAUGUUGGCAUAAAUGGCUCUUCGUUGAGCCCAAAGCUUGAUGGUCCGCAAAGCGUGGCGGAAUACCAUCUUUUGCGGCACCAGCUGGAGAAUCUGGUCGGUGACUCUUGUACCGUUCAGUGCACGCAGGUCUCUAUCGUCGAUAUUUCUAAGCAGGUUGUUGUCUUCCAGGGUCAAAUCGGUCGAGAUUUGCGGGAUGUCCAGUCGACCACAGAUCAGGUCGAUGUCCACUCCGUCAAAAACCGUCUUGAUGAUCGGCACAAACGCAUCGGGGACGGGCUGGAUCUUGUUAAGCUCAGGCCGACCUCUCAACAGCUCUUCGAAAACCGUGAAAAAGUCCUCUCUGGUGACAUGUUUGGGGACAACAACAAGAGUGUCGAUAUCGGAGCCUGGCCCGUACACUCCCAGUCUAUACGAGCCAAACGUAAAGAUCUUACCACCAGCGUCUUUGGCCAUGCCUUCGCUCAUGUUCUUGCGUCUUGA